GUCAAGGGGGUGGGCCUCUCUUCUUUGCAAAGCCUCCGUAGACCUAUUCUAUAAAUCUUGCACAUCCCAUCUUUGUUAAUGGCUUACAUCCUGAUGCUGUUUCUCAUCCACAAACAACCCUAAUCGGAGACUCUUUUCUUUCUUGUUUGUAUUUCCCUCCUUGACGGUGAUUCAUUUCGACUAACAGGCUGUGCCUAAAUUUUCCAACUACACACUCCUUCGACUUUUCUUGUUUUUUCUUUGAGAGUCUCCUUUUUGUUCCCUCCCUUUUGGACUCCGCACAACCUGUCAAGAUGCUCUCCAAGACAAUCUUCGUUGCCGCCAUGGCCGCUCUGGCCAGCGCCCACUCGGUUCUUAUCGAUGCUAAGGGUAUAGCGGGCUCUCCUUCGUCGGUCGGUUUCCAGGUCAAUCCCGCAGUCGCCCGUAACUGCACGUCCAUCAGCCCUUGCCAGCAGGACACCACCAUCAUCAGGGAUAUCGAGAUCCAGAACGGCGUCUGCAAAUCCUGCGGUAGGACCCAGCUGAACGGCAGCAUCGACAUCACUACGGAGACCGCCAACGCCCUCGCCGAAAACAAGGUCACCUCUGUCAAGGCUGGCACCGUGCUCUCCGUGACCAUCCACCAGGUCAACGCCGACGGCGCCGGACCUUAUGUUUGCGAUGUGGACGAGAGCAGUGACACGGGCAAAACCUUCAAGAACGUGAGCGUCGCCGACAACGUACCCGGCGCCAACGGUCUGUCCCAGGUCCGCGCCCAGCAGUUCGUCAUGAAGCUCACCAUGCCCGAUGACCUCAACUGCUCCGGCGGCUCCACCGGCAACAUCUGCACCGUCCGCUGCCGCAACAACGCCCUGGCCGGUCCCUUUGGUGGUUGCCUCGCUGUUCAGCAGUCCGACAAGAAGGUCAACAACGCCGGUGGCGGCGGUGGCAACAACGGUGGUGGCGCCACUCAGAACAACGCGGGUGGCAACAGCAAGAAGAACAACAAGGGCGGCAACAAGAACCGUCGCGGCCUCGGUCGCUUUGCCAGGUUUUUCAACGCUUAAACUGGCGGUUCUUUAAAAAAAUGUAUGUGGGGUGGUGAUUCGUUCUAUCUAGGCGGUGGCCGGUUUAUAGCACACAAUACCAGCUAGAAGUCCGAUUUUUCCCCCUCCAUCUUUACUCAGGCCAGGCCUCUGUCCCAUCCCGCAUCACUUUUGCUUGUUUCUUCUUGCUCUUGGAGGAGUAGUAUCCUCCCUUUCGCCAUGUACCUAAAAACUAUGAAAGCGUUGAUAUCUUACUCGGUUCAAAUUCUUGCUCUCUUCUGUUGGGGUUAUACUUUUUUUCCCUUCCUUUUUUUGCCUUUUUUGCCUAUUGUUUGGCUUUUCUUUUUCUUGGGAGGGUUUGUUCCUGGGCACCAGAGUGGUUCUAGGAGCUUGAAUUUGUUGUAUAUCGU